UCGCGUGCUUUUCGCUACACAAUCGGCCUGAAAAUGUUAAAACGGUGCGUUUUGUUUGUGCUGUUAGUUCAGCUGAUAGAUAAGUCCGUAGCCGUAGUACGGUUCGAGAAUCUCAAGUACGAGCUGAACAAGGACUACAUGCAUGGUAACAUAUUCAUCAAAAGCCAGAACGACAAGUACUCGUUCGGAGCUGACGUCGAACUGGCCAAGAAGGUUGAAGGCAGCGUAAUCAUUACGCCGCACGUGCAGCAUCUGGUGAAGGGCGAGUACCACACGAUGGUGAACAUCGAUCUUGACACCUGCAAAGUCGAUCCAGUGAUGUCGGAAAAUGCGAUCGUACGCACGAUCGCCAAAGAAUCGACCAAGUUUAUUAAUUUUUCGCUCAUGUGCCCGUACAACCCGGGACGCUAUUUGUUAAACGACUUUACGCUCGAUUCGGAAAGCCCGCUGCUGAAGCUAAUUCCGAACGGCAAGUACAAGAUGGAGCUGAAGGCUCACCACUAUCCCACGCCAGGCUCGGCACCGAUAAUGUUGUUCAUGUACUCGGUGGAUUUCGAACUGUAUGCUGCCGCCAGUUAAGCGAGUUUGUACGUAGGGCCGUCUCUUAACGUUGUACCCAUCAUGCACUCUCGAACAAUCCUUUUGUUUGCGAUGCAUGGGUGCAAUGUUUUGCUGCUUCUUUAAAAACAAGCCAAGUAGCAUCAUCACCGGAAUGAUUUCUAUGUUUUGUUUGUCCUUUGAAUGUUCCUUUCCAAUAAAGCCUUGCAAAAUGUGU